AAAGAUCCUUUUUUUAGUCCACUCCUCUUGGUCUUCACCGAACGGGCGAAAGCAGAGCGAGGCACGAAUUCUCCGCGGGGACUCGUCACUUUCCUGCGCGAACUUCAGUGUUACCUUGUGCAGAACUUAGAAGAAGCCUUCUUGAAUUGUUGGGUGUGUUUUUAUAUACUAAAAGGUUUUUUUAGUAGCUGCACUUACUGGAAUGGCUGAUUCCAAGGCAGCAUCAGAUUCAAUAGCAGCUUUAGUAGAAAAUGGGUUUGAUCCGCCUGAUGCUCCUUCAACAAGUGUUUCAACUGAAAAGAAAGAUGGGGAGGUAGAUGUGAGUGGGAUAAGCAAGAAGGAUGCAGAGGAGAAGAGUGUUGAAGAAGUGAAGGGAGUGGUAGUGGAAGGGAAUGGAGUUGAGGAUUUGAAGGAUGUGGAGAAAGUGAAGGACGUUGAAAAUGAGAAGAGUGUAGAAAUAAUUGACAAUGCUGAUGAAAAGAAGGAUCUUGGGAGCACUAAGGAUGGUAAAGAAAUGAGAGAUGUGGACGAUUUAAAGGAGUUAGUGGAGAGUGAGCAUAGGGAGGAAAAGGAGGAUGCAACGGUAACUAAGGCAGCAAAUGAAAAUAAAGGUUUUGGGGAAACCGUUUACCGGGAGGGACAUGAUGAUGUAAAUGAUGAUGAGGAUGGGGAGGAAAAGAAAGAUGCAGGGGAGGCUAGUGAAAUUGAGGUGAAGGAACUAUUGGGGGGACAAAAGGAUGCAAAGGAAGCUAAAGAAGACGGCAUAAAUAAGGAGGUCGUGAAUGCUUUUGACGGGGAGGAGCAUAAGGGUUUUGGGGAAACUAAGGAUGAAGAAAGGAAGAAGCUUAUUGGAGAAACUAAGCACAAUGAACACAAAAUUGCUUUGGAAGAACGAAUGGAUGCCGAGGAGAAUGUUGCAAUGGCGACGGAAGAUAUUUAUGGUAAAAAUAAUUUGCAAGCUUCAGGUGAUGUGAAAGAUGACAGUGAGAAGAAUUAUGUUGGUGAUGUAAAAGGUUCUGAGCAGAUUCAGGUUGUAGAAGGUAAGGUUCGCAAAGAUGACAACUUUGCGGAACAAUUGAUGUAUGGUAAAAAUAAGCAGACUGGGCUAGGGAUUAAAGAUGAUGAACAAAAAAGAGAUUUGGAUGGUGAAAAUGAUUUGAAAAAUAAUUUAAAGCCUGUAGCAGGCGUUGAACAAGUGAAAGUAAAAAAGAGGCCCAAAGAUGUUGAAAAGGUUGAGGUUGAAGUUGGGAAGAAGAGGGUUGUUGAUGAGAAGGAUGAAGAAACGGUUGCUAUUAGAGGUUUCAAAGAUGAGAAGGAUAUUGCCAAGGAAGUGCAUAUUUCUGAUGAAGAGGAUGCUGCUGCGGAAGAGGAUGACGAUGGUGAUAUAGAAAAGAAAAAUAGUAGCAAGAAGGUGGCAAAGUCUUCCAAAAGGAAAAGGAGCAAGGAACAAAGAUCUGCCAACAAAGGCGAAGUGAAGGACAAAAGCAAGGCAAAGGGAAAGAAAGAAAGUGGUAAAAAAAAUGGGUUGAUGGGUGGUACUAUUGAUGCAUUGUCAUCACCUAUUGGCUCUUCUAGGGAGCGUCCUGUGCGUGAGAGGAAAACUGUGGAGAGAUUGGUAGAAGUUAUUGAGAAAGAGCCCAAUAAGGCUGUCAUCAUAGAGAAGGGCCGUGGAACUCCCUUAAAAGAUAUACCCAAUGUGGCGUAUAAGUUAGCAAGGAAGAAGCCGGCUGAUCUGAAAUUCUUGCAUCAGACUUUUUUUGGAAGAAGAGGAAAGGUAGUUGAUUUUAAAAGCAACAUUUUGCAGUUUUCUGGGUUUGCUUGGCAUGAGGCCGAGGAAAAACAAAGGGCUAAGAUAAAGGAGAAGCUUGACAAGUGCAUUAAAGACAAUUUAUUAGAUCUAUGUGACUUGUUUGAUUUGUCUGUAUCUAAAACUAACACCAAAAAGGAAGAAAUUAUAGUGAAGCUUGUUGAUUUUUUGGAAGCUCCUCAUGCAACUACUGAUGUCAUACUUGCAGACAGGGAGCAGUCAGAGAAAUCUAGAAAGCGCAAGCAAUAUUCCGAGGGCAGUGGAUCAAGGAGUUCAGUAGGCACACCUGCAAAGAGGUCUAGGAAGAGAAGUGCCAAGGCGGAAAGCACGCCCAAGUCAAGUGACAAGAAUCCACGUGAUACAGAAGAUGAUGAGGAAGAAAACACAGAAAAUGGUGAUCCUCAUGCGGAUGAUGCCCCCGGGCACUCUGAGAGUGAUGUGAAGGAAAAUGAAUUAUCCGAAUCAAGCGGUGAUGAAGGUGAAAAUGAGGAUGGUGAUGAAUUUGGAAAAGGAAAGAAAGAUAAGGAGCAAUCUCCCAAAAAUCAAGGCCCUGCCAUUGUAGAAAAGAGGAGAAUGGGGAGCAACAAUAAGCAAGUUUCUUCAGAGACACAGGCAAAAAGCCCCGUGAAGCCACCACCAUCCUCCAAACAGUCAAAGGUUAAAAAGAAUGAUACUGGUGAAAAGGUUUUCACUAGGAAGAAAAAGAAAGGCAGUGAAUCACCUGAAGCAAGUGAUGAUGAGGUAGAAAAUGAGGAUGUUGAUGAAUCGGAAAAAUCCCCAAAAAAUCAUGGUUCUUCUAUUUCAAAGAAGAGGAAAAGAACAGGGAGCAACUCAAAGAGGAGUUCUUCACAAACAGUUGCUAAGAGUCCCGUGAAGACAGCACCAUCAUCCUACAAACCAGCAAAGGUUGAGAAGGAUGCUGCGGCUGAAAAGGUAUUUACACGGAAGAAAAAAGAUGGUGAUUCAACUAAGAAGUCAAACUCAAAGUCAAGUGUGAAGGAUAAUUCUUCUGGUAAAAAAUCAGGGAAGGGAAAAGCUACUGGCGAGAAACGAAAGUCCGCUCCAACCAAGGCUGAUCUGAGAAAAACCAUUUGCGAAAUUCUGAAGGAAGUUGAUUUCAAUACGGCCACUUUUACGGAUAUUCUCAAGAAUCUCGCAACUCACUAUAAGAUGGAUUUAACAUCGAAAAAAUCUGCAAUAAAACAAAUGAUACAAGAAGAGCUAACCAAGAUGGCGGACGAGGCUGAGGACAGCGAAGAUGGAGAGAAAGAAGAGGUUGAGAAGGAAGAAAAUCCAAAACCUCUUAGCAAGAAAGUAAAAGCAUAGUUCAUAAUACUUGACAAUGGAUUUGAUGGGUUUGUUAUUGAUUUGAUGGGUUGUUCAGCACA